CUCCAACAACUCUAAGGUUGAAUAAUAAUUAAACGUAUUGUCUUGAAGUAGAUUUUUAUUGAGUACAGACUGUGUCAAAGAUGUUUUGUUUAAAAGAAGUCUCCUGAUGCUAUUGUUGUUGUUGUUGUUGUUUCCACAUGACUUUACCAUAUCCAAUGGGCUUCAAUGAAGGCAGGAAAAGAUUCUUCUCACACAAACGCGGCAGAACAAAUCUCCCUCCCGCCCUCCUUGUAGAAUUAUUAAACAUCAGAAACGACUCCUGAUGUAACCUCGGCAUGAAACGGAGCAACUUCUUUGAGAAAGCAGAACAGAUUUGUGUUAAAGAAGGAACCAAACGUCUGACAUGACGCCUCCUGCGUCUUUCUACUUGUCCUUCUGGCUGAGCCUGCUUCUGGGGCUGCUCUGCCUGCUGUUUGUCAUCUGCUGGAGCUGCGUGUGGCGAGGCGGCCUCGGCUGGGACGGCUCAUACCUGGAGUUCAACUGGCACCCUGUCCUCAUGGUGUCGGGUCUGGUGGUUCUGUACGGCAUCGCGGCUGUGGUGUAUCGUGUGCCGUCCACCUGGAGGCAGAAGAAGUCCACGUGGAAGCUGGUGCACGGCGGCCUGAUGCUGCUGGCUCUGCUGCUGUCCGCUCUGGGCUUGUGUGCCGUCUUUGACUUCCACCGGGCCGCCAGCAUCCCUGACAUGUACUCUCUGCACAGCUGGGUGGGCCUCUCCACUGUGCUGUUGUUUGCCUUUCAGUGGCUCCUCGGCUUGGCUGGUUUCCUGCUGCCGUGUUCUCCUCCGUGGUUUCGCAGCCGACUCAAGCCCGUCCACAUCUUGCUGGGGAACGUGGUUCUGAUCCUCAGCCUGACUUCCUGUAUCAGUGGAAUCAAUGAAAAACUGAUUUUUACACUGGACGGAAGCACUAACGAAUCCUACAGCUCUCUGCCUUUGGAAGCAAAGUUUGCUAACUUUCUGGGUAUCCUGAUUGUGGCCUUUGGGAUGGUUGUCCUGAGAAUCUUGUCAAAGGAAGAGUGGCGGCGGCCAGAAACAGAGGAAAGUGCUCACGUGAGUUCUCUGUUGACUCAACCUGUUUUCUUUUCAUUUUCACGUUGAUUUUUGAAUUUUUAUUAUUUUUAUUAUUGAGGUGAAAAACUAAUCUAAUAACGCUUUUUAAUUGCAGCCUCUGAUGGACGGACACAGAACCUGAAGAUACAGAAGAAACUUUAAUAAACUUCGUUUAUUUAAGUAGGACUUUUUUUUCUCAUUUCAAUGAUUACAAAAUAAAAGUCUUCUUGCAGUUUUUGAAUUUUUGACUUUGACUAAUUGUAUUCAAUCCUGUCAAGCUCUUAUAAGGUGUUAUGUGAGUGACUUUAAAGCUUCAGUGACAUCAUGUUUGGUUACAUUUUUAAACUGAACCUGCAUUAAGACGACUUAGAGAUAAAAUAGAAACCCACAGCACAAUCAAACUCUUGGAGUUCCACUCCAGUCAUAUUUGAGCUCUAUUAAAUGCAUUUUCAGGGGUUUUUCAUUUAUAAUUAUGUCAUUUUUAUCCAAAAUUAAAAAAAAAAAUGUCAUCUUUUAGGACAUAGUUUCUGUAGAGUGACAUGAGUUCAAUAAAAAUUUUUCCUUUUCCCUCCCCGUUGCGACACAUCUUUGUUUCCAUGCUCUUCCACUAGCUUACAGCUCCCAACAACCCCCACAUUACAUUACAACAAAAACGGCGAGCAGAAUUGGAGUUAUCCAGCCGCACAGUUUUGA